AAAUACCAAACUCUCUUUCUAUCUCAUACCAUCUUCAACAAAUUGUUAACUUUGAGUUUGACAAAAAAGUUUAACAGAAAAUGAUUUAAAAGAAAAAUAGAAAGCCUGGGGAACAUGUUGUACCCACGAUAAGAAGCACACCCGAUUAAAACCCGGAAACCUGUCUCCACACAACAAUCCAAAAGUGCACCCCCACCCCCCUUCUUAAAUCCGCCAUUCAGGCAUUUACACAAACACUUAACGAGCAAACCAGAAAGAAGAAAAAAAAAAUGGCGGAACAGAUUCCGGUGAUCGAUUUGCAAGAUUUUCCGAGAAGCUUACCGAAGCUGAUCGACGCCAGUGAAGAAUGGGGUUGCUUCCGGGUCGUGAAUUUCGAGAGGAUCCUACCCGUUUCGCUGAUGCGCGAGAUGAAGGCAGUUGUAUCUUCUCUGCUGGACCUCCCGCUGGAGAUCAAACAGCGUAACGGGCACGCGAUUGCCGGAAGUGGGUACCUUGAACCGGGUCGGAUCAACCCGAUUCACGAGGGUUUGGGCCUCUACGACAUUGCUUCCUCUCAAGCUGUUGAUGAAUUUUGUACGCUGCUGGAAGCUACUCCUCACCAAAGGGAAACGAUUACGAGAUAUUCGAAAGCAGUGAACGAACUCAUUACGGAUAUCGCGCGUAAAAUAGGAGAAGGGGUUGGCCUAAAAGAUGAUGUUCCCUUCGAAAAGUGGCCGAGCCAGUUCAGGAUUAAUAAGUACCCUUUUGCACCCGAAACUAUCGGCUCCGAUGCGCUGAGACUCCAUACGGAUAACGGAUUUCUCACAAUAGUGCAAGACGACGAGCAUUUUGGUGGCCUUGAGAUAAUGCGGAAGUCGGGCGAAUUCGUUGCUGUCGAGCCUCGUCUAGGGGGUAUUCUUGUCAAUUUUGGAGAUGUUGCUACGGCUUGGAGCAACGGAAGAUUCUAUAAUGUGAAGCAUCGGGUGGUUUGCAAGCAAGAAGGAAUCAGAAUUUCGAUAGCUACGUUUCUCUUAGGACCGAAAGAAGGAUUAGUGGAGGCACCCCCUCAAUUAGUGACUAAAGAAAAUCCUCGUCUUUUUGCUCCGUUCAAAUUCGAAGAACUUCGGAAUGCUCGAUUUUAUAAGCACUUAAAUGCCGGUGAAGUUCUUGAUCUCUUUCGUGUGGAAUCCUAAUAUUUUUGAGCUAGUAUUGGUUGUUCUUCAUCAAAUUAUCAAUGUGUUGUUUAAUAAUGAUGUAUUAUUACGUAAGUACAAGUAUUGGUAUUCCUUAUUGAAAAAUUAUGUACUAUAAUAAUCUUUAGAAAUGCUCAAGUUCACACAUAUUUUAUUUGAAAAUAAUGUUCUAA